AUGAGCAUCGUCGACCAUCUAAGAAUGCACGGUUACGAUAUGGAGGGCGUGUUCAGGAAGUCUCCAAAGCAGAGCACAUUGAGAGAAUGUCGGUCAGAAAUCGAACGAGGACUCGUUCCCGACUACAAGAAAUAUGGAACUCAUGUCCUUGCAUCUGUUUUAAAAGAUUACCUAAGAAGCAUCCCGGGCAAAAUACUGCUGAGCGGCAAUUACGACUUGUGGAUCAAAGAAGUUGUGGACGAGAUGGAUCAUGAGAAAAAGAUAGCUGCUUGUAAGACGCUUCUGGGUAUUUUACCCAAAGCGCAUGCCGUCCUGCUUACGAACGUGCUCAAACUUCUGAGUAAAAUCUCCAAUUCUCCAACCUCCAAGAUGACUGCAUCAGCUCUGUCAGUCUGUCUGGCGCCCAGUUUCCUCGAAAGCUCUGGUGAGUAA